GGGUGACGUAUCUAGGGACUCAAGGUCCGCCGUGGGAAUGAUCCACGAGCUGCUGUUAGCUCUGAGCGGGUACCCGGGGUCCAUCUUCACCUGGAACAAGCGGAGUGGCCUCCAGGUGUCACAGGACUUCCCAUUUCUCCAUCCCAGUGAAACCAGUGUCCUGAACCGACUCUGCCGGCUGGGCACCGACUACAUUCGCUUCGCUGAGUUUAUUGAACAGUACACAGGCCAUGUGCAGCAGCAGGAUCACCAUCCAUCACAGCAGGGCCAAGGUGGGUUACAUGGAAUCUACCUGAGGGCCUUCUGCACGGGGCUGGAUUCAGUUUUGCAGCCUUAUCGCCAAGCACUGCUUGAUUUGGAGCAAGAGUUUCUGGCUGAUCCCCAUCUCUCCAUAGCACAUGUCAAUUACUCCUUAGAUCAGUUCCAGCUCCUCUUUCCCUCUGUGAUGGUUGUAGUGGAGCAAAUCAAAAGUCAAAAGAUUCAUGGUUGUCAAAUCCUGGAAACAGUCUACAAAUAUAGCUGUGGGGGGUUGCCUCCUGUUCGCAGUGCAUUAGAAAAAGUCCUGGCUGUGUGUCAUGGGGUCAUGUAUAAACAGCUUUCAGCCUGGAUGCUUCACGGGCUCCUCCUGGACCAGCACGAAGAGUUCUUUAUCAAACAGGGCCCGUCUUCUGGUAACGUCCCUGCCCAGCCGGAAGAGGAUGAGGAGGACCUGGGCAUUGGGGGACUGACAGGAAAACAGCUGAAAGAACUCCAGGACUUGCGCCUGAUUGAGGAGGAGAACAUGCUGGCGCCAUCUCUCAAGCAGUUUUCCCUGCGGGUGGAGAUUUUGCCAUCCUACAUUCCAGUCAGGGUGGCUGAGAAAAUCCUCUUUGUUGGAGAAUCUGUCCAGAUGUUUGAGAAUCAAAAUGUGAACCUAACUAGAAAAGGAUCCAUUUUGAAAAACCAGGAGGACACUUUUGCUGCAGAGCUGCAUCGACUCAAACAGCAGCCACUCUUCAGCCUGGUGGAUUUUGAGCAGGUGGUGGAUCGCAUCCGCAGCACCGUGGCUGAGCAUCUCUGGAAGCUUAUGGUAGAAGAGUCAGACUUACUGGGUCAGCUGAAGAUCAUUAAAGAUUUCUACCUUCUGGGACGUGGAGAACUGUUUCAGGCCUUCAUUGACACAGCUCAACACAUGUUGAAAACACCACCCACUGCAGUAACUGAGCAUGAUGUGAAUGUGGCCUUUCAGCAGUCAGCACACAAGGUAUUGCUAGAUGAUGACAACCUUCUCCCUCUGCUGCAUUUGACAAUUGAGUAUCAUGGAAAGGAGCAUAAAGAUGCCACUCAGGCAAGAGAAGGGCCUUCUCGGGAAACUUCUCCCCGGGAAACCCCUGCGUCCGGCUGGGCGGCCCUAGGUCUUUCCUACAAAGUGCAGUGGCCGCUCCACAUUCUCUUCACCCCUGCUGUCCUGGAAAAGUACAAUGUUGUUUUCAAGUACUUGCUGAGUGUGCGCCGGGUACAAGCUCAACUGCAGCAUUGCUGGGCCCUGCAGAUGCAGCGCAAGCACCUCAAGUCCAACCAGACAGACGCAGUCAAGUGGCGCCUACGGAACCACAUGGCGUUCUUGGUGGAUAACCUUCAGUACUAUCUCCAGGUAGAUGUGCUGGAGUCUCAGUUCUCACAGCUGCUCCAUCAGAUCAAUUCUACCCGAGACUUUGAAAGCAUCCGAUUGGCUCAUGACCACUUCCUGAGCAAUUUGCUGGCUCAGUCCUUCAUCCUGCUGAAGCCUGUGUUUCACUGCCUGAAUGAAAUCCUAGAUCUCUGUCAUAGUUUUUGCUCCCUGGUCAGUCAGAACCUAGGCCCACUGGAUGAGCGCGGAGCUGCACAGCUGAGUAUUCUCGUGAAGGGCUUUAGCCGCCAGUCUUCACUCCUAUUCAAGAUUCUUUCCAGUGUUCGCAAUCAUCAGAUCAACUCAGAUUUGGCUCAACUACUGUUACGACUAGAUUACAACAAGUAUUACACCCAGGCUGGUGGAACUCUGGGCAGUUUCGGGAUGUGAAAUUUUCUGGUACAUAAACCAAAAUAACAGUCAAUCUCACCAUGUUCCUGAGUCUGUGACAGAAGAUUCAAAACAAGCAUCCGUUUUCUAGCCACUCACCAAAUGUCUGCAGUCUACUGAGAGGGCUCUACCUUUUCUCCUAGAAGCAAUUACUGACUAUCCAGAGGUACAAUUCAUUCCCAUAAUCCCCAUGUGGAAGGGCUCUGCCACACCUCAGGGGAGUUCUUAACUCAUCCACCAAGGAGGAUGUGUUGGUCAGCUGUGCCUCUGCUGGCCAGGCCAGUGCUCUGACUGGGUAACAUUUGGAAGCUUUGGGAUCCAUUUCUUCAGCAGUCGUUUAUUGAGCACCUACUGUGUACCUAGAGACUAUUCAAGCUGUGGAAGAUACAGCAGUAAACAAUAUGGAUCAGAAAGGUAAAUAUUUUGUGGCUCAAAUGUGAAAAAGGAAUUAUAUUUAUAAACAGGUAGAAUGCUGGAUGUUACCACCAUCAAUCAAGAACAGCCACCUUCUCCCACUGCCGCCCUUCCACCCGCCAGGUAACUUAAGCCUACACCAGUGAUUUUUCUUCCUUCAGGAAAUUGAGAUUGGGAGUUUCCCACCCUUAAAGAUAUUCCAAAUUAUGACCCUGAAGAAGAAUUUUGCCAGUAAUUUCUAAUUUUCCUGAAAUUCCCAAUUUCAGACUGAUAAAAGGGCAAUUCUAGUUAAUGACAAUGUAUUUAAAGUACUUUUGUUUCCUAAGAAAAGGUCAUUAAGAAAAAUUUGACCUCAAAUUAUCAGAUUUCAAAUACUGGAAGUUAUAGGUCUGCUUAUUCAAUCUUGGUAGAACCACAGGAGUGGAGGUUCUUCUAACUGGCCCAAUCUUCAGUGGUACCGCUGAAGUUCAUAUCAGUGCGAACCAAAAUAAAUAGUCAUUGAACAGCCCUCUCCAAACAUCAAAAGAAUGCAUCCUACUGGCCUCAGUUGGUGGCCACUGAAUCUGGUCCUCUGUGCAUCAUCUAUCCACACUCUACACCUUUACUCCCUGCUGUUAGCAGCCAAAGUGACCCCUUCCACUGCUGCCUCUAGAGCAGGGGCCAGCAAACUACAGCCUGCUGCCUGUUUCUGUAAACAAAGUUGUACUGAAAUAUAGCCACACUCAUUCGUGCACUUAUCUGUGGCUGCUUUCAGGCUACCACAGCAAAGGUGGGUGGUUGCAGUAGACCAAAUGGCCCACAAAGUCUAAAAUAUUUACUAUUAGAUAGAUAGCCCUUUACAGAAAAAAAUUUGUUCACCCCUGCUUUAGAGAUGAUUGAGAGAAUGUCAACAGAGACGAUGAUGCUAUGAGUAGGGAAGGAAUGGCUUCUAGCCAUUGUGACGAUAAUAAUAAAAAAAUUUAAAUACUGGACCUCUGGCUAGAGUGUUUAACAUUUCCAUGUGUUCUCACGUUUAUUCUGGGAGAAAGGUAUCCCACCAAGUGCAGCAGUUAGUUAAUGCUUUUCCUUCUUUCACUCUGAGAGUUGGGAGUACCCACAAGUCAGCUGUUAAUGAGCUCAGCUCGAGAGAGAGACAUUUUCUUUGACUGUCAGGAAACUUAGAGUGUGCCCAAUCCCAUUCACCUUUUGGCACAACUAUGAACCUGGGCCCUCACCUGCUGUAAAAUCAAGAAGAAGUACAGUUUAGAAGUACAGAAUUUUAGGCAGCCUAGGAUAACCUUUUGACAAUGAAAUGCCACAGAAAUUUUUAAAAUUCACUCCUAACUUUAUUUUCCUUGGGUAGCUGUCCUCCUAAAGUGAACAAGCCAACUGAAAGCCUCAGAGAAGGUACUAUGUUUGUCUUGCUAUUUGUUCUGAGAUUAAGCUCAAAGAAGUGGAUGAAGAACUCCCAGUUACUACAACCAAAGAGAUUCAACAUUUAUUUUAUCAUAAAAGUCCAGCAAAUAAAACUAUAUACAAGAUACAAGAUCCAUGCAAGGAAUCCAGUUACACACAAGACACAUUUAAAACCUGGUUAAAACACAAUCUUCACAACAGCAAGGAAUAAAACCG